UCGGCUAUCGACCUUGCGUCUCGGAGGGAUGCUGCGCCCCUAAUGGCCGCCGAAUCUUGGCUGCACGUUGAAAUGCUCUCGUGAUUUUGUAUCCUCGGUGCCAACGAUGAAAGAACGUCUGCUUCUUGCGCUGCUCUUUUCCCUGAGCGUAACAAGCGGAAAAUCCGUGGUGAAGACUUUCGAAGCUAAUCCUGAUACCAAACGGCUCUACGAUGACUUGUUGUCUAAUUACAACCGACUCAUUCGGCCAGUUAUUAAUAACACUGAAACUCUCACCGUGUGGCUGGGAUUGAAGUUGUCACAGCUUAUAGAAAUGAAUCUGAAGAACCAGGUGAUGACUACCAACGUAUGGGUCGAACAGAAAUGGUUCGACUACAAGCUGCGGUGGGAUCCGGACGAAUACGGUGGAGUAGAAAUGCUUUACGUACCUUCAGAAAAUAUCUGGCUACCUGACAUCGUUCUUUACAACAAUGCAGACGGAAAUUAUGAAGUGACGUUGAUGACAAAGGCGACCCUGAAGUACACCGGUGAAGUAUUUUGGAAGCCACCAGCCAUAUAUAAGUCUUCCUGCGAGAUAAACGUUGAGUAUUUUCCCUUUGACGAACAGUCAUGCAUCAUGAAAUUCGGUUCAUGGACCUACAACGGUGUGCAGGUGGAUUUGAAGCACAUGGAACAAAUUUCUGGCAGCAACUUGGUGCACGUUGGUAUCGACCUAUCCGAGUUUUACCUUUCGGUUGAAUGGGACAUUCUCGAGGUACCGGCAGCUCGCAACGAAGAGUAUUACCCUUGUUGUACCGAGCCCUACUCUGAUAUCACCUUCAACAUCACCAUGAGGAGGAAAACCCUUUUCUAUACUGUAAAUCUGAUAAUUCCGUGCGUGGGGAUCACGUUCCUGACCGUUCUCGUAUUCUACCUGCCAAGUGACUCCGGGGAAAAGGUCGCCCUCUGCGCCUCGAUCCUUCUAUCACUGACGGUGUUCUUUCUACUUCUCGCCGAAAUCAUACCACCGACAUCACUGGCCGUACCUUUGCUCGGGAAGUACUUGCUCUUCACCAUGAUACUCGUCACAUUGUCAAUCUGGGUCACCGUCUGCGUCCUCAACGUUCACUUUAGGUCACCGUCGACCCACAACAUGUCGCCCUGGGUUCAGCGAGUUUUUCUCAACUGGAUGCCCCGCGUCCUCAUGAUGCGUCGGACCCCCUAUUCCACCCCGGAGUACGACGACACCUACAUCGACAACGGAUACACCAACGAAAUUGACUGCAGCUUCCGCGAUAGCAUCAGCGACUACCCGUCGGAGCUGAAGGGUAGUCCCGAGGGUUUCGAGAGCGUGGCCGCAGCCUACAAGAACGCCCUCGACGAGGAGGGUCGACACGUUCCUCACGCUUCCGUAACCGACAGCGAGAACACGAUGCCGCGGCACUUAUCUCCUGACGUCAUAUCCGCCCUCCAGGGAGUCCGAUUCAUCGCGCAGCACAUAAAGGACGCUGACAAGGACAACGAGGUGAUCGAGGACUGGAAGUUUGUUGCUAUGGUUUUGGACAGAUUCUUCCUCUGGGUUUUUACUCUGGCCUGUAUCGGCGGGACCAUGGGUAUAAUUUUCCAGGCGCCCAGCCUCUACGAUACGCGGAAACCAGUCGACCAAUUACUUUCCGGGAUUCCACUGCGUAAAGGGAAUUUCGUACUUCCGCCCGAAGUCUUCUUGCCUGACGAAUAAUUAAUUUUACCCGUAAUGUAAUCAACGAAUAUCACUGUAUUCUUAAGAACUGCAACGAAAUCGAUGCCAAUAAAAAAAAAA